CGCCAUAAAUCUGUUAUUGGAGUCCCCAGUAUUUGGUUUUGCUUCCAUCUCUCUCACCGUUACGACCUUUGUUCACAGCUUUUUUCUUCCAAGGAAAAAAACAAGGCCUGAUUCCUUUUUCCUGAAUUCAGAGCUUUUUCUGUUCCCAAUAAUGGCUGCUCCACACCCUUUCUCCCUCUGUCUUCUUCUUUGAUUUCCCGCCAAAACUCUCGUCUUCAUCCUUUUUCCAACCCUUCCACUGCCCAACAGUUUCGUCUUUCUCCUUCUCAAUUCCCUUUUUUGUGCUAAUUUAAUCGAGGGUCUCUCUCAAAACUCCCAUUUUUUUUUUGUUUAUAUUCAAAAGGGAUUUCAAUCUGUGGCUUUUUUCUGCCUCUUUCUGCUAUUUAUUUACUUAUUAAUGCCUCCGACGUAUUUCCCUCUCCGGUGGGAGAGCACCGGCGACCAGUGGUGGUACGCUUCUCCGAUCGAUUGGGCGGCUGCCAAUGGUCAUUAUGAUUUGGUCCGGGAGCUCCUUCGGUUAGACAGCAACCACCUCAUCAAACUUACAUCUCUCCGCCGGAUUCGUCGCCUCGAGACCGUUUGGGACGACGAAGAACAGUAUCACGACGUCGCAAAAUGCCGCUCUGAGGUCUCUCGAAAACUCUUACUGGAGUCCGAAUCGAAGAAGGGGAAAAACUCCCUAAUCCGGGCUGGCUACGGCGGGUGGUUGAUUUACACCGCCGCUUCCGCAGGCGAUUUGGGGUUCGUUCAAGAACUGCUCCAGAGAAACCCUUUACUUGUUUUCGGAGAAGGAGAAUAUGGGGUCACUGAUAUCCUCUACGCCGCCGCCCGGAGUAAGAACAAUGAAGUAUUUCGGAUUCUAUAUGAUUUUGCAGUCUCCCCGAGAUUCUCGACCGGGAGAGAUGGGAUUUUGGAGGAGCAUAUCGGAGAGAUUCCAGCCGUUUAUAAAUGGGAAAUGAUGAACAGAGGUGUUCAUGCCGCCGCCAGAGGAGGUAACUUAAAGAUUUUGAAGGACCUUCUUGCGGAUUGCUCCGACGUGUUGGCUUGCAGGGAUGCCCAAGGAUCUACAAUUUUACAUGCAGCCGCUGGAAGAGGACAAGUCGAGGUGGUUAAAUAUCUUGUCCAAACAUUCCCUAUCAUCAAAUCCAUAGAUCAUCAGGGAAACACAGCCUUGCAUAUUGCUGCUUGCAGGGGCCAAUUGGCUGCAGUUGAGGCUCUUAUUGCAGCAUCUCCCUCAUCCAUCUCUCUAAGAAACAAAGCUGGUGAAACUUUUUUGCAUAAAGCCAUUUCUGGCUUCCAAACUCCUGCUUUUCGUCGACUUGACCGACAAAUUGAUCUUUUGAAGAAUGUGAUUUGUGGCAAAGUUCAUAACAUGGAUGCCAUUAUCAAUGCCAGAAACAACGAUGGAAGGACUGCUCUUCACAUGGCUGCCAUUGGGAAUGUUCACUCUGAUCUCGUACAACUUUUGAUGACUGCUCGGUCCAUUGACUUGAACGUUCGAGACAUGGAUAGCAUGACGCCGCUUGAUUAUCUUAAACAAAAUACACAUUCUGCAUCAGCCGACAUAUUAAUAAGGCAGCUGAUUUCAGCUGGAGGAAUGUUUGGUUGUCAUGACUAUAAAAUGAGAAAGGCCAUAGCUUCACGGUUGAAGAUGCAGGAAAUUGGAAGCAGUCCUGGGACCUGUUUUCGAGUCUCGGACAAUGAAAUAUUGUUGUAUACAGGCAUUGAGAAUGUGUCGGAUAUCAUACCGGAUCAUGGCAGUGCAGGAAUGAGCUCUUCCUCAGUUGAGUUUAGUCCAUACGAUUCAACAAAUGAGAAUCCCAACACUUCAUCAACUAUUAAGAAAUCUGGUUCUGUAAACUCUGCAGCACAACGAUUGAAAAGUGUCUUCCAUUGGCCUCGAAUCAAAGACAAGAAGAAAAGUGAGACGUCAAAGAAGCAAAUGGAUGAGGGCUCCAUUGAAGAAUCACAGAAGAAAUACAGCAGUUCAGAUGAAGCUCCACCCCCUUUAAGGCAAAGGUUUUCAAAGCCAUUGGCUCUUCCCAACAACAAACGAACACUUUCAGUUAGGAGCAAUCAAUCCAGCCCGUCUGCUAAGAAGAAGCAUGCUACUGGUCUAAUGCGCGGAGUGGCUCAAGGCAUGCCACACAUAGUCAUUCCCCAUCGAUCCCGGUCUAGCUCAUUUUCGAAAUCAUCACUUUCUUCACCGGGGUCAGUAGAUAAACUGAAGGGCAUUUGUUUUGACAGUGAUGGUGCAGGCCCAUCUUGUUCAAACCAAGCCAUUGACAACCAAACACCGAAUCUCAAGAAACAAGGCUCAGUGGAUAGGAAGUUGAGGAGCCAGUAUUUCUGUUUUGGUGCAGGAAGCCUAAUUGGGAAGACCACAGUUAGCAAGCAGCAGCAGAGCCAGAGUUACAAGCUUCCAGUGGUUUCGGUAACGUAGACGAGAACAAGACGGGAGACGAGCGACAUCGCUGUCAGGACUUAACGUAGAAGAAGAGGAUUAAACUGAGUAGCAAGUGCCAAACUGUCUGAUGUAUAAGUAUAACACAGUGGUUGGAUUAUAUGAUUUCAAUAGCUAAGAGAGAGAGUCAACUUCAAGUAACUUACUGAAAUGGCUUGUAACUUGCUCAAUCUUUUCUGAAAGCGACUGAUCUCUAGUCGUUUGUGAGUUUGUUUGCCUUUGCAAUAGUUGCUUCCAUUAUUAAACUCAUAAAAAUGCUUAAUAAUAUAAA